UCCACAUGGAAAUGCUACAGUGACUUGCAGGAGGAAGAGAACAUUUUAAAUCAUUUCCCCAAAUUGGAAUACAAAGUUAGGAAACAUCCAGGAUGUGGGAACAUUGUGACAUUUGCACAAUUUUUAUUUAUUGCUGUGGAAGGCUUCUUCUUUGAAGCUGAUUUGGGAAGGAAGCCACCAGCUAUCCCAAUAAGGUACUACGCCAUUAUGGUGACCAUGUUCUUCACUGUCAGCGUGGUGAACAACUAUGCUCUGAACCUCAACAUUGCCAUGCCCCUGCAUAUGAUAUUUAGAUCUGGCUCUCUAAUUGCCAACAUGAUUCUAGGAAUUAUCAUUUUGAAGAAGAGAUACAGUGUAUUCAGAUAUACCUCCAUUGCCCUGGUGUCUGCAGGGAUAUUUAUUUGCACUUUCAUGUCAGCAAAACAGGUGACUUCCCAGUCCAACUUGAGUGAGAAUGAAGGAUUCCGGGCCUUUGCGUGGUGGUUACUAGGUAUUGGGGCACUGACUUUUGCUCUUCUGAUGUCAGCAAGGAUGGGUCUAUUCCAAGAGACCCUAUACAAGCAAUUUGGAAAGCACUCCAAGGAGGCUUUGUUUUAUAACCACGCCCUUCCACUUCCUGGUUUUAUCUUCUUGGCUUCUGAUAUUUAUGACCAUGCAGUUCUGUUCAAUAAGUCUGAGCUCUAUCAAGUCCCCAUCAUUGGCGUGACCGUGCCCGUCAUGUGGCUCUGCCUCCUCUUGAACGUCAUCACUCAAUAUCCUUUGGCCACCUGUGGGAACGGGUAUGUGUGCAUCCGGGGCGUGUUCAUCCUCACCACAGAAUGCACCUCCCUCACCGUCACGCUCGUUGUGACCCUGCGCAAGUUUGUGAGCCUCAUCUUCUCCAUCUUAUACUUCCAGAACCCUUUCACCCUGUGGCACUGGCUGGGCACCUUGUGUGUCUUUGUUGGAACCUUAAUGUACACAGAAGUGUGGAACAGACUGGGGACCACAGGAAGGCAGCCUCCGAAGGGUGCCAAGAAGAACUGAGGCCAGCCUGAAGCCAAGCUAGUGUUGUGGUGAGGGGAGAUCUGGCAAGGUUGGCUACCUUCACUGCCAAACGUGGCAAGAGGAGGGGGCUUCUCAGCCUCCUCGUGGCUACACAGACCAACAUCUGUAGACCAAGUAGGAUCCCGGCCCUGAAGUCGCAGGAAGAGCAGCUCUGAACUUUGAACAGCUCGUUCACAUGUGGCUUUUGUUUUGUUUACCAGAACAUUCAGUGUUAAGCCUGUUUGUUGAAUUCUGAGUCCCACAGCUCCUGGUUUCGCAUCCAUGGACCGGGCCGGGGCCAU